CAUACGUUCAGAGGUAGAUCGCCCUUGUCUGACUGAUCACUUGUCAGAGCCGAUGAAUCUAAUGAUAUAAUGUUCAAAGGUUUGCAUCCUAUUUAAAUUUCAUUUGAAUGAACAUAUGAAAAUAUUCCCAAUGUGUUUGUAAUAAUCGAAAAGUGAGUGAAAAUAUUUCCUAAUAUGAGUGUGGACAUCUAUAUCACACUACACUAAUAUGAAUAUUGUGAACGAUACUCUUUCCUAUAAAUUUAUUGCAAUAUGCAAAGUGAUGAACUUCUAUCAACAUUGGUAAGUUGAGAUAAACCUUGAGAGAGCUUAUUGCUAUCAAAAUGAAAACGGUUGAUCAUUAGUUUUCGAAAAAUCGUGGAGCAGGUACGUAACGUCAAGGUCAAACAAGUGUUUCAUUAAUUAAUAAUUUUUACAUUUACAGUUACAGUUGUUGUUCAAAUCCAACGCAUUCAUUAGUCCUUUGAGUAUUAUUCCCCAUAAUAGUGUAAUUUCCACCAAGUGAAGUAAUAAAUCAGCACCUUUGAGACAAUCGUUCAUUCAUUUCAUUCAAAUUAUUAUGCAUGUAUUCUUUAUGAAUAUUACGUAAAACAAAACCAAUCGAAUAUGCAUACUGACUAACACGAUUAUAUUCUAAUAGGACAUGAUCAUAUACCGUUGCAUUAUAUUAUGUGUAUAUGAUGAAUUUUUUGUCCACUCACUGCUAUUAAUGCUAUACCAAUGUUUUUUAAUCUUUUAAUGGAGCAUUAUUGGAGGCUCGUAUGAGUAGUAUCGGGUUUGCCUACAUUCUAACAGGCUUAUUGGGUUUUUCUAAUGCAAAUCGGAGGCUUGACUGCACUCAAUUCUAAUAGUAUUGAAUAUUCAUUGCUAACGUGUUUAAAAUCAGACUUCCGCGUAUGUAAAGAGCGCGCGAUAUGAGAUCAAGGCAGGUGUUUGGUAAUAUUUAUGAAUGCCUUUCGAUCAUUAAAACUUUUCUCAUCAUCAUGCAGUAUAGUUCAAAUCUCCUUUAAUUCUUUUAGAGCAUGCAGCUCAAGACGGAACACACGGGGGAGUGAGGGAUGCAUCAAGAGGUGUUACAAAAUUUAAUAAAUCGACACCCCAUUGAUGAAAAACGAAGAAAAAACAUAAUCAACUGAGAGAAACGUUGAAAUAAAUUAGUAAAGCCUCGUGUUGGAUUAAGAGUUUAACUAUGGGUUCACUACCGAAUCUACAUGAGCUUGCCAUCAGAGGCAAACUCGAGAGUCCAGUGCAUAGACCAGCGCCAAUUGGUGGUUUUGGACCUGUCAAACUACCACCGCAACCACCUCCAUUAGCCCACACUAAUCGCCGUGUGAGAAGCAGUGGGCAUCAUCAUGCACUUUGGCAUGAUAAUAAUGAUGCUAUUCUAGAGCAUAUGACAACUUAUUCACCAAUAUCGUGUCGUUCGGCCCGAGCAUCGGCACUAUCCUGUCGUCGGCGUGAAUCAAUGACCUCGUCAGCGGGUACUUCAUCAGUUCGACGUUUAAUAGCAGCCGUUCGUACAACUCCAUCUGGUCCACGACCCCCUCGGAAAGUUAUACUACGCCACUGUGCAGCCCUUUUACUAGGUCACAUGACAAUAUCCGCUGCUAGUCUGCCAAUAUUUCCACUUCAGGCUGGAUUAGGAGCUUUCAAUCCCCAUCUUGGGCCACUCUUGUUGGCCCUAUUAUAUGCCACAGCUACCAUUACCUCGUGUUUCGCCCUAAUUGUUGUUCAGAAAUUGGGUACAAAUCUCAUCACCAGUAUCAGUCACCUCGUAACUACCAUAUUUAUUGGUACCCACUUAUUUCCAAAGUGGUACCUUCUCCUACCAAGUUAUGCAUUAUUUGGAAUUUUCGUGACGCCAACAUUUAUUGCAAGAACGGCCCAUGUUAACGCCACUGCUACCAAUCUCACUAUUGUUUGUGCUGACCCUGAGGAUCCUGAUGAAAACAGACGAGACUGUAUUCUCCGGAGACUCAACAGGGGAAUGAAACUUGCUGAGGAUAUGGGCUUAGCUCUGGGUUGUCUGAUAGCAACUGUAAUUGUUAAAAUGAUCGAUCCGCCGUUACCAAAUCUCCUACAAGAGGAUGUCGAAGAAAUAUGCGGCGCUGAAUAUUGUCCACAAGAGACAUACUUCUACAAUGAAACAUUAUUUUUGCCGACAAUGCCAACAAACAGCGCUAAAAUACUUAUAAGUCUAUUACUUGGUUUGGCAAUUUUAGCGUUCGGUAUUUCUUGUGCGUUUCUCGAUUCGCGAAUGAAAGAACCAACCAGUGGAAAUGAACGUUUGUGUUUAUCGACUCAUUUAAAAUCCAUCAAACAAUCUUUCCAAGAUCCAAAACUACAACUCGCAGCUCCACUUACACUUUUUAUUGGUCUCGAACAAGGAUUUAUUAUUGGCGAUUUCACAGAAGCUUAUGUUGUAUGCGCUCUUGGGGGUGCAUCAGCAGUAGCUUUGAGCUUCUUGAGUUUAGCAUUACUUCAAGCAGUGGCAGGACUUACACUAUCGAUGCUUCUACGACAUAUACGACGCUACUUUGUAGUUGCUGUUGGAUUUGCCUUUCACGCCUGCCUACUACUGGCACUGGUUACUUGGCGACCGGCUGGCGACGAUCCAGCAUUAUUCAACGUCAUAUCCGCUGCUUGGGGAGUUUGCAAUGCUAUUUGGGAAACACUCAUUUACACAUUGCUCCUUGGAUUAUAUCCGGCUUCCUGGCAAGGACGUCUGUCUACCUCACUCUUCUGGAAAUGGCUUGGUUUAUUCUUGGCUCUUGGCUUGCAUGGACUCGUUUGCACUCGACUUCGAGUCUUGGGUCUUGCUAGUAUGCUACUUCUGUCAGUGAUUCCUUACACAUGGCUAGAGAUUCGCCUAGCAAAGCGUGGCAAAUCUCUAGCGCCUUUAUGACCAAUUCGCAAUCGUCACCCAAACGAUGCUCUUUUUAUUAGAGACAAACAGCUUACCUAUCUACAAUGAGAUAGGAGGUGGUAUUGGCAAUGACAAUGUAAAUCCACACAAAUAGUGGAUAGUUUUCUCAUUUUUUCAUUUAAACAUUUUUAAGCCUAGAAAAUGAGGAAAAUUGAAUGAGCAAAUUAUUGAUGUGAAUAAAAAAAAUUAAUUACAAAGUAUCUCCACAGAAAAUAAUUUCACAUUCUCACAUAUCAAUGAUUUCCAAUCAUAUCCUGACCGACAACAGAGGUGGUCUUUCCAAUUACAAUAUGACAAUUAUUUUAUCUCAUUAAAUGGAAUUAAAGAAUAAAAGACAAUAUUAUUAAGAAUUAAACAUUCACAUUAUUAUUGUCAGGUAUAAUAGUUCACACUCUCCAUUAUUAACCAAUAAUAAUAAUAAUAAUAAUAAUAAUUUUUAUUUGCAUCUGUUGAUGUCCAUGAUUUAUUGACAAAAGCCAUGUGCAAUACAAGGAAAAAUUUUAAAAAUAAUGAAAUACAUGCAUUUUUCAUACCCGGAAUUUUUCAUUGACUAAAAUAUUUGUUUUAAAAAAGUCAUAAGAUUUGCGUAAAAAUCUUCACACGAUGAUUCUUCUAAUCGUUUUCUUUUCUUCUUUAUAGAAAAAAUAAUAAUCAAGUCUUUCUAAUAACGACUAGAUUGAUCCAAUGGUGAACAUUAAUGGAUCUUGAAAAUUCCAUCGUUAAUAUAAUAAAUUAGUGAAAUAACAAAAAUAUUGAAAAUGUUCAACUGAUUUCUUGCAGAUAAAGACGAUUCACAUGUAAAACAAAAUUACAGAUGUUCUUCUUUUUUAUUAAAAAUAAAAUUGAUAAUAUUUUUAUUUUCAGUUUUUUCAUCGAUCGAUAUCAUGUUAAUCAUCUUACGAGCUAUUGGACCGAUC